AUUGAGAGAAAAAAACCAACCACAUCCUUUUAGAUUUCCUCAUCCCAUCUCACUACUUCACCAACAACUUGUACCCAUCAAAUAACGUUUCCUCCUCUACUUCUUUCUUUCUUCAUCAUCAAUAGCCAUGGCUGCUGUAACUGCUGCAGUCUCCUUUCCAUCUACCAAGCCCACUUCUCUUACGACUCGAACAUCUAUCGUUUCUCCUGAAAGAAUCACGUUCAAGAAGGUUUCGUUUUACUACAGAGAUGUGCCAAGUGGAGGGAGAUUGGUUUCGGUUCGAGCACAGGUUACGACUGAAGCUCCUGCAAAAGUUGUGAAGGAAUCCAAGAAGGCUGAUGAAGGUAUUGUGGUUAACAAGUUCAAGCCAAAGGAGCCUUACAUUGGCAGAUGCCUCUUAAACACUAAGAUCACUGGUGAUGAUGCCCCUGGAGAGACUUGGCAUAUGGUCUUAAGCACCGAGGGAGAGCUUCCUUACAGAGAAGGGCAAUCCAUUGGGGUGAUUCCGGAUGGCGUCGACAAGAAUGGGAAACCUCACAAGCUGAGAUUAUACUCUAUUGCUAGCAGUGCUCUUGGUGAUUUUGGGGAUUCUAAAACUGUAUCCCUAUGUGUGAAACGUCUGGUAUACACCAACGAACAAGGAGAAAUUGUUAAAGGCGUCUGCUCAAAUUUCUUGAGUGACUUGAAACCUGGGGCAGAAGUUAAAAUCACAGGACCUGUUGGAAAGGAAAUGCUUAUGCCGAAAGAUCCGAAUGCCACAAUCAUCAUGCUUGCUACCGGAACCGGAAUCGCUCCCUUCCGAGGGUUUUUGUGGAAAAUGUUCUUCGAAAAGCAUGACGACUACAAGUUCAACGGUCUGGCAUGGCUCUUCCUCGGUGUUCCUACAAGUAGUUCAUUGUUGUACAAGGAGGAAUUUGAGAAAAUGAAGGAGAAAAAUCCAGACAACUUCAGGCUGGACUUUGCUGUGAGCAGAGAACAAACAAAUGAAAAAGGAGAAAAGAUGUACAUACAGACCAGGAUGGCUGAAUAUGCAAAAGAGCUAUGGGAGUUACUCAAAAAAGAUAACACCUUUGUUUACAUGUGUGGGUUGAAAGGCAUGGAGCAGGGGAUUGAUGACAUAAUGGUCUCACUUGCUGCUGCAGAUGGUAUUGACUGGACCGAAUAUAAAAGGCAGUUGAAGAAAUCUGAGCAAUGGAAUGUGGAAGUCUACUAACUGUGUGGAUUGCAUGUACAAAUCAGCCCUAAUUCUUCCUCCUCUUUCUUCUUCUUCUCUUUUUUUGAGCAGCCAUAUAGGAUCUCCACUGCGUUACGUAGAUAGGGAGUGCCCUUUUUUUUUUUUUGUCAUAUCAAUGAAACAAAUGGUAUUUUAUAGCUAAAACCUAUGAUUGUGGAUUUGUAAAUGAAACUUGUGAUAGGGAG